UAACUUAUUUUAUUUGUAUGUUUUCACGUAAAAAAUCAACUGUUAAAUGUAUACCGUUUUUAUAAACUUAACUUUACAACCAAUUGUGUUUUAUUCAGAUAUAUUUUUGUCUUCAUGUUAACAAGUCUUGUUGUAAACUUGUUUCAGAUUUAAGAAGACUUGUUCUAGUUCAUACUCUCUGUAUUCUUUAUUUUGUGAAAAAAAUGUUUAAAGUUAUAUUUUUUUCAGAUGAGUGAGCCAUCAAGUUUAGAACCUAGAAUGUUAGAGAGGAGGGUUUCAAAUAAUAGAGCUGACCUUUCUAAUGAUCAGCAAAUGAACUUUGUACUCUCUUGGUUCAAUAAUUGGUCAGAAUUACAAAAGGACGAUUUUGUUUGUGUGUUGGGGAGUACUAUGGCCCCUAAACAUGUUAAUGGUGUCACUAAUAGCCUAGCAUCUCUUAGUUGUUCAGACAGCCAGAGGAAGAAACCGUCUCUAUUUGAUUGUCAGAUGUAUCUAUACCAUGGUUGGGUUCAUGGUUGGUCGGACGAUCAGAAAACUUAUCUCAUCCUCAGGUUAAGGGAAAAAGAUGGAAAAUUUGGCGAUAAAUAUGAUAAUUUUCUUCUUUAUGGAAAGGAUAGCCCGAACAAGGAUUAUUUUGAACCUGGUAUCCCGGCAGAGCUGGACCUCUCUGGUUCUAAUUCAGUCUCUUUAAACGCUAGCUUUGAUGGCGAGAGUGUAAAGAAUCUAUCUGACGACGACAUUCCUACUAAAAUCAGUGUUCCUGUAGAGGUAGACCCUCCUGUAGGGUUUGAUGAUGAGAAUCCAAAGAGUGAUUUUGAAGAGGAGGUAAUAUCAACAUCUGAUCCAAUCUCCAACCAAACAGAGGAUGGAGAUUCCAGUGAGGAAGAAACCGAGAAAUCUUUGAUUAAAAAUCAAACUUUAUCUCCUAUAGCUGAAGAUGAUUAGUUUAUUGGUUGAUUGAUGAUUUAAUUCACUGAAUCGAAUUACUUAUGGCUGUAACCCCAAAAGUACUAUUGUGUUAGUUUAAGAUUUUUCUUGUACUUUUUUUCGCAUGGAAAUUGGAAAUGUCCGAAUUUUUGUUAAACUACAAGGAAAUUGAAUUAUUUAUCAAAUUGUAUCCAAAACAAACGAAUAAUCUCAAGUAAAAAUAUUAAGAAGUUCAUAACGAAUCUCAACAAUAUCAUGAUCAAUCUAUAUGUAAAUUUGGCUUGUCUGGGUGUCUGUUUGUUUGUUUGUAUCCAAUAAACGUCAAAACGGCUGAACCGA